CGUUCUACUACGCGGUUUGUUGCUUCAGUUGCUAGUUAGGAUCUGCUCUGCUCAAACGCACCACUCGCUCGAUCAGUGAUCCUUCGAUAGACGUAAUUAUUAGUACUGCGAAAACAUCAUGGCUAAGCUUGUGUGUAUUAUCUUGGCGUUGUGUGUAAUUCAGGGAAGCUUCGCCUUCGUUCGCCGCGAUGCCCCAGCACCACCCGCCGAGGAACCCAACUUCUUCCAAACCAUCAUGAGCAUCAAGGAUAAGAUUGAGGUUGCCUUCCAGGACACCCAGCAGAACGUGCUGAAGUCGCUUGGAUUCCAAUCGAACGAGGAGGUAGUUCAGACGAUCCAGCAAAACACUAACCAGUACGUCGAACGGCUCCGAUCAGUGCAGGGUGUGCUCGAUGAGGAGGUGAAAAAGCAUUCGGACAUCUUCGAACCGAUCGUGAAGGAUCUGAAGGCAAAGCUGGACCAAACUACCGCCACACUGUCCGAACAGAACCCGGAGGUUGUGCAGAAGGCAAAGGAGUAUCAGGCACAGGUACAGACCAACGUACAGUCGCUGGUGGCCGAGGCACAGAAGACGGUUGAAAAGCUGAAGGCAGAUACCAGCGUACAGUCCGAGGAGAUGCAGAAGGCAUUGAAGAUGUUGUACGAUUCUACCUUCGAAAUCUUCACCAAGACUGCCAACGAAUUGAAGCAGAAGCAAUAAAGCGCCCGUCACGGUUCAAACCAAUCCAAAGGUACAAAUUGUUGAAUAAAGACAAACCAACAACAACAACAAAUAA